AUGUACCAGCAUAGUCAUGCGUUCCAGGGCCGAAAGUUGAAUGACCAAGAAAGAGCUCGAGUUUUGGAGUUUCAGGACUCAAUUCACUAUUCGCCGAGAUAUUCCGAUGAUGCGUGUGAAUAUCGUCAUGUAAUGCUACCCAAGGCCAUGCUUAAAGUGAUACCUUCCGACUACUUCAAUUCCGAAACUGGGACUUUGCGUAUAUUGACGGAAGAUGAGUGGCGUGGACUUGGCAUCACGCAGUCAUUAGGUUGGGAGCAUUACGAAUGCCAUGCACCAGAACCUCAUAUUUUAUUAUUCAAACGUACGUUGUGA